UCCUUUGCUCACUCGAGCUGCUUGUUGCGUUCACGGCAGAGGCGCGUGAGCGUGGUGGGAAAUGCGAGCAAGAUGGCGGCGUUGAAGGAGGAGCAGUGCUACGGACUGUCCUGUGGAAGAGUGAGCAAUGGCAGCAACAUCUCCGUCUAUCACGUCAAGCUGACUGACAGCGCUCUGCGAGCAUUUGAAGACUACCAGAGCAACAAGGGCCUGACUGCUAAACCACUAAUAGGAUUUACAGGAAACCAAGGGAAAAUCUCAAUACCGCAGUCAGAGAAUCCAAAUGAGCUGCGAACGUUUACGUUCUACCUGUCCAAUGUGGGGAAGGACAAUCCCCAGGGCAGCUUUGACUGCAUUCAGCAGUAUAUUACAAGUGAAGGGAGCAUACAGCUGGACUGCCUGGGAGGGAUCCAGGACAAAAUCACGGUAUGCGCCACAGACGACUCCUACCAGAAAGCCAGGCAAAGCAUGGCUCAGGCCGAGGAGGAGACCCGCAGCCGUGGAGCCAUCGUCAUCAAGCCUGGCGGGAGAUACGUGGGUAAGCGUGUACAAAUCCGGAAGCCAAUAACAGGUGUGUCCGAUGUGGCUCCGUCGCGGCGGACCUCGCGGCCGGUUAUCAUCUCCAGCAGUCAGAAAAAGAGCCCGCCACGGCCGCUGAGGGAACGGCUAGUGCAUUUACUGGCCCUCAAGCCCUACCGCAAACCCGAACUGUUGGUGCGGCUCACGAAGGAAGGCCUGUCUCCUCAGGACAAGGAGACGCUGGACAGCCUCCUGCAACAGGUGGCUAACCUGAAUGGUAAGGAUAACACCUUCACAUUGAAGGAUUGUUUAUUUAAGGAAGUUCAGAAGGACUGGCCUGGUUACAAUGAGGUGGACCAACAGAUUCUGAAGAGAAUUCUUGUACGAAAACUGUGUAAGCCUCAGAGCAGUGCCCCUGUGUUAGGGGAGAGCCCGGUCAGCCCGCACAAAGAGCAAGCCAGCAGCUCACCCUCUCAGAAACGACCUGCAGCAGAGUUUAUCGAUCCCUUGGCCAAUAAGAAACCCAGAAUAUCUCAUCUAGCCAGCAAGUCUACAGGGCUCAUCAAUGGCAAACUGAGCUCAUCCAAUGGGAAGGACCCUUCUAGUUCUCAAGCAGCAGAGACGUCGUCGAGCUCUCAAUUCCCUCCGCUGGAGAUCCCCCGACCCUUCGACCCCCUUUCGGAUGUCAGCAACGACUCCAACGGUAGAGACUGUGAAAGUCAGGAGGCGGCAGUGGCGGAAAGACUGAGUCAGCCCCCGUCAUUUGCCCCUCUCUCCACAACACAAGAGGAAGGUCUGGACUCCACAUCCCUAACCCACAGCAGCCUGGACGGUUCUCAGACCCGGACGGCUCAACCCUCACUGCAUGGCAAGUCUAAAAAGAAGUCCAAAAAACACAAGGACAAAGACAAGUCCAAGGAGAAAGACAGAGAGCGGGACAUGAAGAAGGAGAGAAGAGUUGAUGAAGACCAUGGCUUGGAUCAGAGGAAAACCUGUGAUGUCACAACAAGCGAUAGGAGGACAGGUCUGAACGGAACGUGCAACAGCUCCAGUAUUCCUGCAUCUUCAUCGGAGACGACAGACUAUCUAUUAAAGUACACAGUGAUAAGCUCGCAAGAGCAACGUCAGACUUACAAGAAUGACUUCAACGCAGAGUACAGCGAGUACCGGGGCCUUCACGCGCGGAUAGAGGGCAUCACCCGACAGUUCACUAUACUCGACUCUGAGCUCAAACAACUCCAGCAAGGCACAGACAAGUACAAGACAAUCCACAAUCAGAUACUUGAAGAGUAUCGCAAAAUAAAAAAGACUAAUCCAAACUAUAGCCAAGAGAAGAACCGCUGUGAAUAUCUACACAACAAACUGGCACAUAUAAAAAAACUGAUAGCAGAAUAUGAUCAACAGCAACUUCAAAACUGGCACUAAUAACAAGCUUUUUUUUUUCUUUUUUUUUUUUUUUUUUUUUUUCUUUUUUCUUAAUCUUUGUCUCCCUUGAGAAAAAGAAAGAAACUCUGGAUAAUUUUUUUGUUUGUUUGUUUUUUCUUUGCUUUUUCUGAAAACAAGUUGCUCUAAUGUAAAAUGCCACGAAACUGAUUUCAUUUUCCCCUCCAUAGUGGGCCAAGUGCUCUAGUAAGGACAGUGCAGACCCAUGAAUAUAAUUUUUUUUUAAUGGGACAUGGGCAUACUCCGCUAUGCUAACCUGUGUAGCCUAAUGCAUUAUGGGAUUGGUUGCCAGCUCCCUUCCCUUUUCAAAGGUCUGAAAGAAAGUGUGAAAGAAAAAACGUUCUUUGAAGAUCUUUUCCUGGCUUUCCGAACAGGGAUGACCAACACCCAUUCCCAGAUUCUCAUACUUUAAGGUUUAGAAAAAGGAAAAAAAAAAAAAAAAAAAAAAAAAAAAAUUAAAUGGAUAUUUUUUUCUCUACAUACUAAAAUGGAAGGUCCUAAUGAUAAACUAUAUUUUAUUUUCUUUUAUAUUUAUUUUUUCUUCUUUUUUGUCUUCCAUAGGGAUACAUCAGUCCGAUUAUAAUUUCACACUUGAGUGCUAAACAUCUUGUCUCAUCCCUUUGGUCUUUAUUUCCUAAUCAGUCAGUAUUUUAUGCAAAAGCUGCCUUAGAUUUCAAGAGAUCCCUAUCGCAGUACACCUUUCCCCAUUUUCUUUCUUUUUUUUUUUUUUAAAGAGUGCUGUAGUGUCUGAAAUAGCACUAUCUGGCUCCUUUGUGCAAUGCGCUAGACCACGUGCAAUGGACAUGAAUCGGAUGCCUAUCUGAGGGAGAUCACCGUCUGUUUAGAGGCUUUGACAGUAUCAGUAUUAAGCGACGGCCAUGGUAAAGCUCCAGACGGAUGAACUUGCCAUUCCAGAAGUGAGGGUAGCGCUUCGGUAUCGGCACAUUUUUGCAAUAUUACAUGCUUUUGACUGAAAAAUAUUGCUUUCUCACAACCCUCAUCAUAUUAUCGAAUCAUGAAUCAGGUGUGGUUGUAAAAAGCGUAGGCAUAUCUUGCAAAAUUGUGCCUCAUGUGAGCCGUGCGUCAUCCCUCAGGUAUCUACAGUAAUCCAGUAUUGCUGGUUGUGAGUUUGACGGUAACAUAUCACGUUUGCGGCCAAACUUACUUGGUAUUCUUCCAGAAAAUUGUGAUUGUAUCCCUUUAACGUAGCCCUGUGGUGUUUCCAAUGGGCUGGUUGGUGAAGAAGACACAAAAUGGCAGAAAUGCAACCUUCGCUCACUGUCUGAACCCUUUAGCAAUCCAAUGCUUGCCUGAAUACUGAGUAUUUGUGGGGGGUUUGACCAUUUCAGACAGUAUUUUCAUUACGAGAUGACUGUUAAAUUCCAUCAAGGCAUCUCAUCGUGGAGGAUCCAUUACAAACCUCUGACGUGCUCCUCACAUUACUGUGGCAUCCGCCUCGUGCAAGCUCGACCACAAGUUGCUCAUCUGUCAGGUCCUGUUGAAGCAUCAGUUGUACUUCUGAUAUCUGAACUCUUUUUAUGUUUAAAUAUUAAAAUUCAGCACUUUGCUCAGCUUCUUGCUGUUACUCUUACCUGGGUUUUGUUGCAAGUAGACACUUGCCAUGUCUGUCUGUGUAUGCAUGCUUUCUGACUGUUGAAGACACAAAAAGGGUAAAGGCCAGUGUUUAGAGCCGUUUUACACUGCUGUUUAAUGUUCAAGAGCAUUUGAAGCCAAAUAUUUAUCAAAUUCCCCCUAAUUUACCUGGACUGCAUUAGUUUAGUGUUGCGAGUUUAGGAGCGCAAUUACAAUUUUGAUAAAGCCAAAUUAAACUCUUCUGAAUUGAUCGUUUAAAAGCAACUAAAAAUUAAAAACAAUUCUCAAUCACAAAUUUACUAGGUAAACCCCAAACAUUUAGUCCUGAGAAUUAUUAUUAUUAUUAUUAUUAUUUUUUAUUUUUUUUUUUAAAUCACGGUCUUUUGUUACCCGAAGAAACAGUCUGAAAAUGCUGCAAACAAUUCAACGACGAAUAUGAAUGACGUUUGUUUGGAUUUGAAACUGCUACGAUUCUUCGAACAAUGUCAAGACAACCGGGGGAAAUGUGCCAAAUGACCUGUUGUAUAGGUUUGCUUCAGAUGAAAUAUGUUGCUGUUUUAACAAAACAGAAAAAUAAAGGGAGUGGGAGGAGCUUUGGGACGAAGGUUUGCGAUGUCAACGCUAAAACCCAAAGCGCGCUUUUUGAAAUAACAAGGGACUGGGACUGAAAUUUAUCUUGGUAUUUCAAUAAAAUUCUUGGAAAACUUG